CUGCGAUUCAAUCGAAUGUCAACGGCGUGGAGACAUGCGCGAUGGAGACCCAGGACAUUGUCAAGGGUAUCGCAGUUGUCAGCAACGAAGGGAUAUCGGCCGGAGCAAACACCACGGACUGUGAAGUGGUCCUUGCGGCAAUUUGUGAGGAGACUGUAGACAUGAUGACGGAUGGUGAGGCCAGUGAGAAUGAUGCAGGGUGUGUUGUUGCAGACGAGAAUGUGAUCAGGACGUCAGCAGGAACUCUCUUCCCCUAUGACAUCAAUUGGGUGCCUGGUCGUCUUCAACCGGGUAUCGUUGGAGGAGCGCCGUGCUUCGCGUUCAAAGUCAAUGGGGAAUGGGUUCCAUAUCACGCCCCCAAAGCGACGUCGUGGAGGGGCGUGACUCUGUCAAUCAUCUUCGACAGAGUGCUGAGGUUGAACGAUGAGGUGAGCGCUGACGACAAAUCGCGGCAUGUGUUGAAACURUGGCAUGUUCUGGACGCGAAGGGCGAGUUGAGGCUCAAUGAUUUUGAGUACGACAGUAUCGACUGCGGAGAGUCAUGGGUGAUUGGCGGGUUGGACACUACAGCGAGUUCGGUUUGCCCACAGACUGAUGCCAUGAGGGAUCCACGGUGGGGUUGGGUGCCACAUGACGCCCCGCUUCUUUGUGGCCGUGUGAAGGUGCCGACGCGUGAUGCCAUGGGGAAUGUAUGGACCACGUGUUAUAUAAACGGCAGCUUCUCAUCUAGGCACCUUAACAGGGAGGUGACUGAAGAGGAGAAGAUGGUGAUGGCUUGUCCCACCCCUGCUGCUCGUUGUUUUUCGCCGCCUCUUCGGAACCCUGUGGAGCUCGAGGUGGCAGAGGGGAAAGUGUUCGCGGAUGACCAUGGGUACACAUACAUGCAUGCCAGAGGGGAGGACGCUACUGCUGAUGGAAUAACCACGCUGCCGGCAACAGUUGAUGGCAAGGUAACCAUAGCAGCGAAACUGCAGAUAGGUCAUUGGCUGCCCUUGGGGUGGAUGCAUGCAGGCAUGGUGGAGCAGUGGCAGUUCCUGGUGGUAGUGGCACGUGUCUCCAUUUUCAAUGCAGAUGUGAAGGACCACGUGCUGGUUGUGGAGCAUGCAAAGCGGUGCUGGGAAAAGAUAAGGGAGGAGGACCGUCAGAUGGUGUGCAUGGGUUGCGACUCUAUGCCAGACCAGGGGAUGUGGUCUAUGGUUGAGGGGAGUCCUGGUGGGCAAGGGCAGGGCGAUGGCGAGAACAGGUACAUGGCUCACAUCCGCCGCAGGCAUGGUUGCUCCGCCCUUGUUGGUUGGGUCCCGGCCGUAUGUCGCAUGACAUAUAAGCAAGGUGGAGAGAUGAUGACGAGGUUCAGGGACCCGCUUGGUGUGCCGUUUCUGCUGACGUACUCGGAUGGCCUCCUGCGAGACAUUCGGUAUAUGGUGGCCGAGGACACCCGAGGUGGACAUCGGAGGCCGGGACAGACGGAGGAGAUGCGCCCGGGACAUCAGGACGGUUUGUCUACUGAGGUGGAGGGCCCAUGUGGCGGUGAGCGAGUUGCAGGGUGCUCUGCAGCGCAGGGUGACGUGGCCAGCAAGACAGCGAUGUCCCACAGCUCGAGGAAGGUGAAGGCGGUUGUGUCGAGGCCGCGGAGGGGGAAGACGGCUGGUGACAAGCAAAAGAAGAACCCCCAGCCUGUGCCACAGAGCGGUAACAAUGCAGAUGCGCCUGCACGGGUCCACAGACGCCGAAAACACCCCGGGAUGGCAGCUUUAACAGAGAUUAGGAAGCUGCAACGAUCCACCGACCUUUGUAUCCCUUUCAGGCCCUUCUUGCGCGUUGUCCGCGAGGUGGUGGAGAAGGACAUUACCCCUAAUAAGGGUCUGAGGUUCCAGAUGACGGCUGUGCGUGCUUUGAUGGAGGCUGCGGAGGCUUACCUGGUCGCCAACUUCGAGAACACAAACGAAGUGGCGAUCCACUCGAAGAGGGUGACCAUCCAGGAAAUGGACAGCGGUCCACGGGUGUGCGACUGCGGCAGACCUUUCAUGUCCUUACGGACUUUAAACUCGCAUCGUGCGAGGGCAUGCCCCGCCGUGACGGAUGAGGGAGCGCAAAGGCAGGAGAAUGAUGCUGCCCACGACCCGGGACCAUCCAACAUAGGCGCAGCCAAUCUCGCUGGUGAUGAGAGCGAGGACGCGGGGGAGGAGGACGACCCGAAUGGGGCAGCCGGUGAUAACGCAGAGCCGGCAGCGCAACCCAUCGAGCCUUUUCACAGCUCGCGCAGGCUAGCAGCGCUUAUUUUCUCCGCCAGGGGCGGCGUCGGUAUGUCACAUACGGACGUUGAUGCUCUCUUGUCACUUCUCAAAGACCCGAGAUUCAGCGCGACGGACAUUGCGUACCGCAACAGUCGAGAGUGCUUCGCAUGGGCGGGCAGUCUAGCAGAGGCCGCUGGGUGGAAGGAGUUGGAUCUGCGUAGUGACGACUGGCCUCAAGAACCGCACGCCGUCUUGUGGCACCGCGAUUGGCGAACUGCAUUCUUAUCGAUAAUGCACGUCGCGUUGCAGAAAUGCGAGACAGUUCAUUCCCUCGAGGUGUCCCCGUCGUCGGAGGACAACAGUGUAUCCGGUCCGCGCAGCGGGGCGCUCAGUUAUCACACGCAGUCAAUCAUUCGAGCGCACAAAGGUGUCGACGAGAAUGGAUAUUCACGAUAUGUAAUCCCUCUCUCACUGUACUCUGACAAGACACACACAGACGGUCGUCAGAAACAGACGGCAUACCCUCUUAUGAUGUCGCUAGCCGACCACGCGUCGGAAGCCACUCUGCUGGCCUAUCUUCCCGUGCUUCAUCAUCGACCCCGUGACAAAGGAUGGGGUCUACAGUCCACCGCAUUYAGGAAGCGAAAGGCCGUCAUCUUCCACAAGGCCCUUUCGACGGUCUUGCAAGCUGAGAAGGAGACAUCGCACGACGGCAUCACGAUACCGUCGACGCGAUUCGGGGACGUGACUGUCCACCCUUUCUUCCUCAACUAUAUACACGACUACCCAGAGCGAUGUGCGCUGGCGAAUGUGAAGUUUGGUGUAUGCCCUACAUGCACCGUGUCGAAAACGGACCUCGAUGUCGUGGCCGAUUUCACGGAUAGCAGGAGAUCCCAGACGCUGGAAACUCAACUCGCAGCAGCUGUGUUCACGGCGGACGACGACGACGUGCACCGUGUGGCGGAAGGGCAAAUGGCGGAGUUGGACAUGCAUAGGCAUGUUGAACAGAACGGCCUUUGGGGGUUCUACAGGGGGCCGAGUGGCGAUGAUCCUCAGCUAGACUACCACCUCGCAUUGCAACCAGACCCACACACUCGAGCUUCCCUCGACGAAUGUGACGCGUUGAUGACGGACUUCGUAACGACCAUCAAAGCGAAAUUGGGAAGAUACCAACCAUCAAAUUGGAAACUCCCGAAGUUGCAUGAUCUUAUGCAUAUGAGAACGAGUAUUGAGCGAUCUGGUGUGGCCGACACAUUCGCUGCAGUCGUUUGGGAGCAUCACCACAGGAGAUUCUGCAAACAACCGUACAUGUCAUCGAACAAAAGGAAAGCGUCAAUCCAGAUGGUCAACCACGUGCGCCGGUCGCUGGCGUUGCAGGAGGAGACCGGAUUUGUGAGGAAAAGGAGGAAAAGGGCCGUCGAGAAUAGGUCUUCUGUGAUGGACUGUAUGGCAACGGGGAUGAACACCCUGGCACUACGCGAUAUGUCAAUCCUUCAACUGCGCUGGUUUGACAUCGAUCAGGACCAGAUAUGCGAGGUGGAAGGCAUUGACAGUCAUGCGUGUAAGAUACUUGAAGAGCUCCCUUUCAGAACCGAUUUUCGAGCAGCGAUUACGACGUACAUGGCGGAGAAUGGUUGUCAACCUCCUCCUGAUGAUCUCGCUAUACACASACGAACACAUCUCGCCAUCGCUUGCACGCAGGACGGAACAAACAGGGGCACACUUGUUCAAACUGCACGAGCGUCGCCGCAGUUCCACGGGAGACCAGUGCACAGCGACGUUGCAAUAAGAGCAGCCAAAGAAUGUACGUGGUUCGCAUCAGUGGCCAUGUUUUUCGUCGUCGAUGCACCCACAGACGGCGGUAAUGUGGAACACAAGUGCGCUUUUGUGCAGUGGUACACAGAGGUUGACAGUGAACGGGAACACGUGACAGGUUGCAAGGAAUUGAAAUGGGAGAAGGCGAAUGGACAUCAGCACAGCAGCUUCGUUUCAACCGACACUAUCGUGGACACCGUUCACAUUGUUCCGCGCUUCUGUAAACCACAAUGAGGAUCGAAAAUGCAUGCGCGCCACCGUGAGGACUGUUUUUUUUUAAACAAGUACAUAUUGCAGAAGGAAUAAAUUUGAAGUUUGAGA